UUAGCCAUUAAAUAACUUGCAAAGGAAAAGCAAAACAACUAAGUAACAAUUAUUUAAUAUGUGGACGGCAUAGUAUCUUUCCCCCAAAAUUUUCCAAACAAGAUUCAACAACAAAAAAAGCAACCUGUAUUAUGUUUCAACCAGAGAGACAUUUGUCGAAAAAUAAACCUUAUUGCGGCAAAUCAUGCUAUGGAGCUUAGAAACACAGUCCUCUUACAUGUCAGUUUCUCCACCUUAGCUGACGAUCAAGAUGUCACCUAAAAUACGAAAUAUGCUUGACCAUAACCGCACGCUGAUCUGAGUUCCAUAUGAAAGGCAUAAUACGCAGGAGACAUAGGACAAUGCACUGUGCACCGGGUUCCUGACCUAUGUAUAAGGGCAAAACCAAGGCAAAUUAUAAAUAUAAUAAUACUCACUACGUUUGGUUGGAAUUUGUCAUGAUAUCUAGCAUACAAGUGCACCAUCUGUUGGUUAGCCUUGACAAAGUAAUCAUCAGGAUCAGUACAUUGUAAACAUCGGCCAUUAUCUAAUACAGAUAAUACCACAAUAACCAUUUGUCUUCCUCAUCUCUCUCUCUCCUUCAAGGGCAUAUCUCAAGCCCAAACCUAUGGCCUUCCCUGAUCUCCUUUUCUGCUUGAUCUUCAGUUUAUUGGCAACUUUGAUUUUUACAACUACUGCAGACGAGGCCUCAAAUGAAACAUAUAUUGUGGAUCCUUUACCCUGCUCCAAAGGCAUCAACACAUGUAAUGCCUCGCUGUACCACGAGAACACUGGUCUCCAGAAAGAACAAAUUGCAUCUUAUUACUCUGUUCCCCAGUCAAAUAUCAAUCCUAUCCGUCGUGGAAAUGAAGAAGAUUACCUCAUCACAGUAACAUGUUCUUGCAAAGAUAUCAACGGAACCAAAGGAUAUUUCUAUGAUGCUUCUUAUGAAGUGCAGAAAGGAGACACGUUGCUGGGUGUUUCGGAUAGAAUUUAUAGUGGCCAAACUUGGACGAAUGAAUCAUUUGAGGUGGGGAAUACUGUUUCCAUGCAUCUGAUGUGCGGGUGUGUCGAGAGAGACUCUCAGAUUAUGGUGACAUAUACAGUUCAGAGGGGUGACACGCUAUCAGAUAUAGCUACCCUGCUAUCAGCUGAAGUUAGUGCUAUUGAGAGUAUGAACAGGAAUUUAUCUACAAACCCAGGGUUCAUAGACGUUGGUUGGGUGUUGUUUGUACCAAAGGAGAAAAAUGGAAUACCAAAGAAAGGGAGAAUGCAGAAGUGGGCAAUAAUUGUUGGUGUAUUAGCAGCUGUGACAUUACUUUUAAUGGUUGCAUUGAUAACUAUCCUCCUCUGGAGGAAAAUAACCGAAAAGAGCAGUAAGGAAGAUCCAAAAGGUACAACCAAAAGCCUUAGUUCAAAUAGAGCCUAUUCCUUCCAGAGCCAGAGAGCCGCAUCCAAAAGCAAUGUUCCUAUAGAAAACAUUGAAGAUAUGACAGCUUUUGAAUCAGAAAGACCGGUAAUAUUUAAUCUGGAGGAGAUUGAAGAAGCUACAUGCAAUUUUGAAGCAACUAAGAAAAUCGGAGAAGGUGGAUAUGGCAGUGUGUACUUUGGAGUGUUAGGAGAGAAUAUUUAUAGAGUCUUCCAAGAUGAAAACCCAGAGAGUGCUUUAGAAGUUGUUGUUGAUGGUAACCUGCGAAGCAGUUAUUCCAUGGAAGACUUAUACAAGGUUAGCUUGACUUACUUGGUACAUGUGUCAUUGGUUAACAAAACAGAUAAAUGCUCACUGGGGCGGGUAAUGAUUUCCACUGAGAUACUCCAGGAGCUUGUAAUGAACAACUAG